AUGGAGAUGUUACAUAGACCUCCUACACGAAUAGAACUCGAUGUCGAAGACCUCGAGUUCUUCUCCGCGGAAAUGCUCGAUCGCGAAAAGAAGGAAGAGUCCUUAUCUGCCGACAAGACCUCGGGUACUUCUAAGCCUGGCAACGAUAAGAAUGGCCGAGCGAGUCCGAAAUUGAGCUCCACCGAAGUGUCGAUCCCUGCGUCAGCAAUUGCUGCAGAACGACCGGCCGAAACUCCUGCGUCGUCGUCGGGCAUUCAGCGGUCCGGCGAACCGGAAUAUUUGGAAUCUCCCGUCGCUGGAUGGCUUUUACUUCCCCCGCCAGAACAAUAA